UGGCCGAACACGCCCAUUGUCGGCAUAAAAAUGAUCACUUUUAUUUUAUGAUAACGAUUUGCUAACAAUUUUCAUAUUUCGUUUUGUCAAAAUUUUCUUGGUAACGUUGAGAUAACAUCAGAAGUUGACUUUUUGAAAAUUCUAUUUGUCAUCAUUUUAUUAACAUUUAGGAAUAGCAAAAAGUUAACUUGGAACGGUCAACUAAAAGCUAACAAUGAGUGAGCCUGGUCUCACUUGAGACAUGAUUUAUUUUUUAACAUUGUCAGAUUAAGAGAUUAGAUAAUUUUAUCUAAUUUACAAUCGUUGUAUGAAAAUCACGGUACGAUGAAACUCUUGAAAACUGUUUCAAAUUUAAAUUACGUAAUGCAUCGUAUUAUCAAUUCACCUAAUAAUUUUUUAGUAGUAAAAAAAAUGGCGUCUGAAGUGGAAAAAGCACAAUCUGCGGCUCCUGGUGAAGAUACAAUUUUCGGCAAAAUUUUACGCAAAGAAAUUCCUUGUAAAUUUAUAUAUGAAGACAAUCAGUGUGUGGCUUUUCAUGAUUUAAAUGCCCAAGCACCAACUCAUUUUCUUGUGAUUCCUCGUAAACCGAUAACUCAAUUGUCAAAAGUUACUGACGAGGAUGAACCUUUGUUAGGGCACCUCAUGAAUGUUGCUUGCAAAGUUGCGAAACAAGAAGGGCUUGACGCAGGAUUUCGUUUAGUAGUGAAUGAUGGUCAAAAUGGAGCUCAAUCAGUCUAUCAUUUGCAUUUACAUGUUCUCGGAGGAAGGCAAAUGCAAUGGCCACCUGGUUAAUUAUAAUGAAUAUUAAUAUACAAAUAAAAAAAUGCUUUUUAUUUUUCUUUAUUAUACAAUUAUAAUACAAAAGUGAUAAAACAUA